AUGGCUUCUGGAUCAGCUGUUUCAGACCCGUCGUUAAAUGGGGGUUCGUCCACACCGGAUGAGAACGAGUACCCGUCGGGUUUCCCUCAGAGCAUCUGCGAUGAGGUCCCGAAGGAGAAGUACUUGUGCAGCAACUGUAAUAAUGUCUUGAAUAAAGCGCGUCAAACGGUGUGCGGGCACCGCUACUGCCUCGCGUGCGUCAACUGGCUGGACCAUCAGAGUCAGUGUGAAUAUGCCCUGAUCCCUUGCAACAUUGGCUGUGGCAUAAUGGUGCAGAGGAAGUCAUUGGCUACACAUCUGGACAGAGGUUGUCCCAACAACAAGACCACAUGUCCCUCUUGUGCAGGUGUCCUGACACCAAGAGAACUCCAGAAGCAUGUAUGUCCCAAUUCAGGCGACAAGAAGACGACAAAGACUGAUAAACGGCAAAAGAAUAAUCACCCGGGCAGCUCAAAAAAGAAAGAGCCAUGCAUUUUCUCAGAAGUUGGUUGUCCUUUUAAGGGCAAUACAGACAAAUUAAAAGAACAUGAAUCCUGCAGCCAUGUUGGCCAUCUACAGCUUCUCUUGGAUGUGACCAGGGCUCUUCAGCGUACCCUGAAUUCCCCACCUGAGCGAGGCCACCAUGAAAGCCCUGAUCUUCUUCAGCCUGGACAGUGUGGUGCUUCCCUCACUUCUCAGAGUGAGGGUGAGAUUGAGACGGACGGAGGAGACCCAGGAGUGAGUGAUAAGGCCCUCAGUCUCCACGACGAUCAGGCUGAACUUGCUGUAGGCCAGCAAUUGGACAUCCUACAGCAGAGGGUGCAGGUUAUGGAGAACAUCAUCUCAGCUUUGAACCGAGAGGUGGAAAAGACACAGUUCAGUGUGGUCGUGCUGGAGAGGGACGAUUACAACAGUCAGCAGCUCAUUCAGCACUUGGAAACCAAGGUAGCGGAACAGCAGCAGAGACUAGUCGGGAAAGACAUUCACAUCACUUCAUUGCAGCAGUGUAUCAGCGCCCAGCAGGACGUCUCAUAUGAUGGCACCUUUCUCUGGCGGUUGUGUGAUGUCAGCCAGAGACUGAGAGAGGCUGCCAGUGGCCAAAAGAUCAGUCAGUACUCGUCAGCAUUCUACACCGCAAGGUAUGGAUUUAAAGUGUGCAUGCGGCUCUACUUGAAUGGAGAUGGGGUUGGAAAGGGAACGCACAUCUCUCUUUUCUUUGUUAUAAUGAAAGGAGAAUACGACCCCAUUCUUCCAUGGCCAUUCAGAUAUAAGGUCACGUUCUUUCUCAUAGAUCAGAACCAGAGGGAGCACGUCAUCGACGCUUUCCGACCCGACCUCUCCUCUGCAUCUUUCCACCGCCCCACCUCAGAUAUGAAUGUGGCCAGCGGGUGCCCCCUGUUCUUCCCUCUGGGGAAAUUGAGGUCGCCUAAGCACGCCUACUGCAAGGAUGACACCAUCUAUAUCAAAUGCGUGGUGGACACCUCCACCUGAAGCAUGAAGGCCUGGCUGUUAAGGAUGACUGGAUUCCUAAGGGAGCAUAACAAUUCUGGAUCUGGACAAAAUGAACAUGGAGUGCAAAGAAACAAACGUGGAAAUAUUUAUGAACUGAAAAAUGUCUUGGUUGCAUUUUGGUUCUUUGGGUACAUGAAUGAAAUAAUAUUUUUUAGAUUGACA